GAAUAAAAAUAUAAAGAAAAAUAAAAAAAAUAAAUAUGAAGACGAUGAAUAUGACGAUGACGUAGAUGUAAUGUAUGAUGAGAAAAAUGAAAGAAAAAGAAAAAGAAAUAAGCGAAGAGGAAAAAAAAAUAAAUAUAAUACAAAAAAUGAUAAAUUAAUAAUGGAAGAGGAUUCAUUACAUGAACAUGAUGAUUAUGAUGAACAUAUGAACUAUCAUAUAAAUGAAGAUGAAGAAGAAAGAAGAAAUUAUGAUCAUGAUAAUCAUUAUGAUCAUGAUAAUCAUUAUGACCAUGAUGAUGAUGAUGAUAUAAAUUAUAAAGAUCAUUAUUAUAAAAAGGAUAAAAAAAACAAACAGAAAAAAAAAAAUAAUAAUAAAAGAAGAAGAAGAAAAAGAAGAAACAAAAAUAAUAAUAAUAAUUAUGAUGAACAUGAAGAUUAUGAUGAUGAUCAUAAAAAUCAUCAUACACAUCAUGAUGACGAAGCAGAAGAAUUAGAAGAAAAAAAACAUGAACUUGAAGAAAUUAAUGAUAUUGUUAAUGAACUCACAUCCAAAAAACGGUUACUAAAAAAUGCUGAGCAUCAUAUGUUAAAACUUUUAAAGGACAUACAUUCUUUAGAAACAAAAAGAUAA